AUGUCUCCCAUUCUUCCUCGUGUUCUAAUCGUUUCUAGACGAACAAUUCGUAAGAACAAGUUCGUCGAUUUCGUAGGAGAAUAUCAUCUUGAUCUUAUAGUAGAAAAUGGUGCGGUACCAGUGAUUGUACCUCGUGUUUCAGGUAUAAACAUGUUACUAAGAAGUUUCGAACCGAUUCAUGGUGUUCUUCUAUGUGAAGGAGAAGACAUAGAUCCAUCAUGGUAUGAACAACAAAAUGACACAUCAACAUGCACUCUUUCCCACGAAGAGUUAGAAGAAAUCAAAAACCUUCAUUCAAGUGACACAACAAUUGAUAAAGAAAAAGAUUCGAUUGAGUUAACGUUAGCAAAGCUUUGUCUCGAAAGAAACAUUCCUUACUUAGGAAUUUGUAGAGGCUCACAAGUUCUUAAUGUUGCUUCCGGUGGAACCCUUUAUAGGGACAUAACAAAAGAGCUUUCGAAAAAUAGUGAAAGUAAUAAUUAUGUAAUGCAUAUAAACUAUGAUGAUUAUGAUGGUCAUAGACAUGUUAUUAAGGUUGUUGAAAACACACCUCUGUUUGAUUGGUUUAAGGAUUCUUUGUUGGAGAAUGAUGAGAUUUUGGUUAAUAGUUAUCAUCAUCAAGGAGUUAAGAAAUUGGCACAAGGUUUUGUUCCAAUGGCUUUUGCUAAUGAUGGUUUAAUUGAAGCGUUUUAUGAUCCUUAUGGUUAUAAUCCAGAUGAGGGUAAGUUCAUUAUGGGUUUGCAAUUUCAUCCUGAGCGUAUGAGAAAACCUAAUUCAGAUGAUUUUGAUUACCAUGGAUGCACAUUUGUUUACAAGGAAUUUGUGAAGGCAGUUAUUGCUUAUGAAAAAAGACAGAAUAUUUUAACAUCAGUGCCAAAACCUAUGAAACUAAACAAGGACAUGAAGAACAAAAGGAAGAUCAUUAUGAGAAGUUUUUUGGUUAGGAAAAAUGUAUACACCAAGGGUCGCGAUAACCCUUUCUUCCAAGAAUCAGAACUUGAAGUUGGAGCCAAAUUUCUCGAGUCAAAAACGGCUUUAAGUGUUCAACAAGAGAACUAG